CAAAAACGGUAGGUGUAGUAGUGGAGACAUCGGAACCAGAAUCUAAUCUAACCGGUUUUCUAAAGCCAUUUACUCUCGGUCCAAAACCGUCUCCUCGAGUAUUUCCUUUUCUUAUUUCAUUAAGGGUUUCUAUUCUUCUUUCCUUACAAUGCCUCGAUUAGGGUUUCCUUAAUCGUAUAAAACUCUUGAGUACACAAUUCAAUCAACACUACCAGUUCUAUAUAUAUGCACCAUCAACACUGUGGUUAUUAGAUGAUCUAUAGGAGGUGAAAUUAGGGUUCAAUUGGGUUUGAGUUUAUAGAAAUUGACCAUGAAGAACUCAAAGGAUAGUGGUGGGAAAUCUGAUUCUCAUAAGUUAUUCAAAGAGAAGGAAAAGAAUCGGGUAGAUGAUCUUCAAUCAGUAAUCACAAAUCUACAGUCUGCUCUUCAAGAGAGUCGUUCUGGGGAUGUUUCUGUUCUUCAAAAACAGGCUCAUCAGAUGUUGCGGGAGUGGAAAGAUGAACUUGAUGAACCUUCUCCGGCUUCUUCUUCUUUACUUGGUGGUGCUAGUUUGGGAGGUACAUUCUCUACUGCGGAACUUUGUCGAUUAUUGGAACAUUGUGAUGAAGAAGAUGAUGCAACUAGCGCUUUAAAAGAAAUUGUUAACCCUAACCCUGAGUCUCAGGCGCUUGAGGCGUUUGAAGCGCCUAGGCUUGAUGUUGGUACGUUUGCUGGAGAUAUUAAUUCUAAUUUGUUUCAUGAUGAUAGUUACUUUUUGAAUCAAGUACCACAAGAACAUGGGUAUGAAUUGUAUGAUCAAGGGGUUGGUCAGCAUGGGGAGUCUCCUUCAGUGAUGCAACCAAACAUGUUUAACAACUAUGAGGCUUUUAAUGAGUUCGACUUGGAUCAAUUUGAUUUGCAUCAGGAAUUCGACCGGAACCUUAGCAUUGAUUUUGAUGGUACAAAGCAAUGUGGAGAAGAUGCUGGGCAGAGUAGCUCACAGGCUGGUCCUAAUAUGCGUUUUCCAACUUCUGGGAUCUCAGGUCCUAAAUGUGCACUUUGGGAUUGUACAAGGCGUGCUCAAGGAUCUGAGUGGUAUCAAGAUUAUUGCAGUAGCUCACAUGCUGGCCUAGCCAUGGAAGAAGGAGCUCUUGGCAUGACUCCUGUUGUACGGCCGGGUAUAGACCUAAAAGAUGGUCCAUUAUUAGCUGCUCUCAAAGCUAAGGUACAGGGCAAAGAUGUUGGUAUUCCAGAAUGCGAGGGAGCUGCUACCACCAAGUGCCCAUGGAAUGCUCCAGAGCUAUUCGACUUUUCCCUUGGAGAUGGUGAAACAAUCAGGGAGUGGCUCUUUUUUGAUAAGCCACAGAGAGCAUUUGAAAGCGGGACUAGAAAGAAGAGGUCAUUACCAGAUUACACUGGGCGUGGUUGGCACGAGUCAAGGAAACAACAGAUGAAGGAAUUCGACGGUUUAAAGAGAUCCUACUAUAUGGACCCACAACCAUUGGAAGGUUUUGAUUGGCACCUGUUCGAGUAUGAGCUAAACAACUGUGAUGUGUGCGCUCUAUAUAGGCUAGAGUUCAAGAUUGUCGAUGGAAAGAAGAAGAGCCCGAAAGUAAAAGUAACCAAUGAUGAUCCAGUUGCACAUCUGCAGAAGCAAAUGGGGAAGUUAACUGCCGAUGUUCCUGCAGAAAACAAGCCAUCAGUUAAGAGUAAGCCAAAGGGUAAAUGAUAAUCUACUAUUUACUUAAAGACUGACUGGUCCAAUAACUGAAUUCCCAGCACAAGUUAUCCUUUUUUGCUUAAAAGAUAGUGUGUAUAGUUUUUUCUUUUACUGCAGUCAGAGUCUCAUUCUGCAGUACUGCAUGGACAGUGGUUAACUCCUGACACUAAAUCUAAGUUACAUUUUAUAAAUCUGUGCACGAUUUUCUUUUAUAAAGUCUUAAGUCCA